AUGUACCACAUUAUCCAGCCAGAUCCCCACAAUGGCUAUGGCCCGGAGAGGAUAGACACAGGGUUGAAUACUUGGUACAUUACAAUCGACGAUCACUGUGUUGACAGCGAAUGGGUGCUGGACUUCUCUGCUGCGAUUAGCAAGGGGCAAUGGGUGAAAAAUGAGGCUCCAAGCCUCUUGCCACACCUCAAGGGGGACCAAUUGACCAAGGUCAAAGACGAGGAGGAUGAGAACGACGAGGAAGAGGAAGAGGAAGAGGAAGAAGACGAAGAAGAAGAGGAAGAGGUGGACGAUGAUGAGGUGGCAGACGACGAGGAUGAAGCUGAGAGCUCUUAUGAUGACUUCGUGUGGGCUGAAGUAACGCUCAAGUCGCAGAAGCAACUCGACGAAGAAUUCAAUGGCGAGGAAACGGCCUGGAAGCUCGAGGAGUGGCGCCUGAACCUAGUUGCUCAGCAAAAACAUUUCCCAAAACACAAGGCUGGGGAUGAGAAUGACGAGUACGCGCAGUUGCUGAAGAAAAUGCUGAGAAUGUGCAAUGUGAAAAUCUCACAGAAGGAGUAA